AUGCCGAAGUUCCAGCUGAAGCUCGGAGACAAGUGGGAAGAUUUUGUGGAUCGUGAGGACGAUAUAUUGAUGAAGGCAUUUCUCAAUGGGAAGAAAUCUGCGGAGUUCCACAGUCGAGGGCAGGACUACUAUGUUGAUUUUGCCAAGAUGGUGCAAAGAAACGUAAAGUCAGGCAAAGAGCGCCCAAUCAAGAUAGUAUACGAUGAUGAAGGCAAGCCGGUCAAGCCGAAGCCUGAAAAAGCCGAGUACCCCAAGCCUACAGCAGAUCAAGCUCUACAUGGCAUGGCUGCUGGGGGCAGGCCACCAGUCGUGGAGGGUGCUGUGGUGGGGUACACCCCUGGAAUGCCACCAGCUCAUGCGCCAGCGGGAGCGUCACCAGGCGCGUAUACCCCAGGUGGCGCGGGACCGGGCUGCCAUUAUCAUGCCCCGGCAUCUGCACCGGGUCCAUCCUACUAUGAGACAGGCUUCACUCCUCCAUAUGCAAGCCCUGGUCACGCGCACUACGCGCCGGGGCCGGCCUACACCCCAGGUCCAGCAUAUGGACCUGGUCCGGCAUAUGGUCCGGCUGGACCUGGUGGCAUGGGUGGAAUGGGCGGUGGAGGCACUGGCGCCAUGUUGGCAGCUGGUGGUGCAGGAGUCCUUGGAGGACUUUUGUUGGGCGAGAUCUUGGACUGA